AUGAUACCCCUCGCAUACCGUGCGCUCGGGCGUGCCUACGGGCCUCUGCUGCGGCCGCAGCGGCGAUUCGUGGUCAAGCUCGCGAAAAACACGGACGAAUACCACGCCUCCCUCAAGGCAAGCGAGCUCGUCAUCGCAAAGUUCGGAGCGAGCUGGUGUAAGCCCUGCCGGAAGUCCAAGGCGUUCGUCGAGGAGCUCAGCGAGGAGCACCCGGAUGUUCUAUUCCUCGAGGUAGACGUGGACGAGCUGCCACAGAUCGCGGACGAGGAGGGGGUCAACAGCAUCCCAAUGUACAAGGUGUUCAAGUACGGCAAGUCUAUUGACGUGCACAUUGGCGGUGACAAGCAACAGCUGAAGGAUCUUAUCGCGAAACACGCGUCGCAGUAG